AUGUCCAACCAUACAGAGAACGUCGCCAUCAUCGGCGGAGGAAUUGCAGGAAUGGCCCUCGCACUCUGCCUGCACUCCCUGUCCGUGCCUUGCACAGUCUACGAGAUGCGCAAGACCGAGGCCGGCUCGCGCACGGCAGGCGGCGGCAUGAUGGUGGGCGGCAACGCGCUUGCGAUCCUCGACAAGUGGGGUGUGUACGAGAAGAUGGUCCCCAAGGGCUACCAGUUCAACUGCGUGUACCUCAAGGGCCCGGACGAGAAGACGACCGAGUGCUACCCGUUCGGCGGCAAGGACCUCUUCGGGUACGACGGCCUCCGCAUCUACCGGCAGGAGUACCUCGACAGCCUGUACGAGGUCUGCCAGGCCAAGGGGGUCACCAUCGAGUUCGGGGCCAAGUUCACCCGGGUCGUGGAGGAGACGGAGUCGGGCGUCACCUUUGAGCUCGCCGACGGGACCACCAGGACCGCCUCCAUGCUCGUCGGCGCCGACGGCAUCCACUCCAAGGUGCGCGAGUACGCCUGUCCCGGGGUCAAGACCAAGUUCAUGGGCAUCAUGGCCGUGACGUCCGAGGUGGUCACCGAGAAGCUGCGGAUCCCGGCGGAGAAGGACUACCGAUUCCCUCUGCAGAUUGUCACCGACUUCGGCAUGGUCGCGAUGGCGCCGCAGACGCCGGACGGGUCGCAGAUGCUCAUCGGCACGCAGUUCCCCACGGAAGACCGCAGCAGAGAGGACUGGGAGAGGCUGUUUGCCGACAAGGAGGGUCUCAAGAAGAUCCUCCAAAAGGACCUCGACAAGUGGCCGGACACGAUCAAGUCCGGCAUCGAGAACAUCAAGGUCGAGGCCAUGCACGUCUGGCCGUUCCAGAUGCUGCCGCCGCUGCCGAGCUGGACGUCACUGCCUCAUAGACGGGUGGCUGUCCUGGGAGAUGCGGCGCACGCUGUGCCGCCGACAUCAGGCCAGGGCGCCUCGAUGGGCAUCGAGGACGUCUACGUCUUGGGUCUGCUGAUCUUCGAGCAGAAGAAGCACCCGGAGAUCGGAUGGCAGGACACUCUUGCGUUCUGGCAGCAGAUGAGGCAGGAGAGAAUGGGCGAGAUCAUGGAGCUGACGAGGCUGCUGAACAACAAACGGCUGCCCAGUGUUCAGCAGGCAGACCUGAAGAAGGAGGACAUCUGGCAGGACGAGUCGGCCACGAACCCGCGGCAGAUGGCCUGGCUGUACGCACCCAAGUUCGAGGAGCGUGUGGGCACCUGGGUCAAGGCUCAAGUGGAGAAGCCCUCUUCUUGA